AUAAACACAUAAAGUGCCUGAGACGUCUUCCCAUCAGUUGUGCACAGAGGCAGCCAGACAUAAGGAAGCAGAAGCCCAGCUGAGGAGGAAUACAGCAGCAAUGGAAAAAGCUGGAGAUGUAUUGCAAAAUGUAUUCUCAGGACAGAGGGAUGUAGUACAAUAUCACAGAUUUGAAGACGUUCAAAACCAAAGUAAAGGUGCACGGAGUGAAAUUUCUAUGUAUCAGGAAAGACAACAGCAUAAACUUGAAGACGUUCCCCUCCAAAAUGAAGGCCGAAAGAGUGCUUCAUCUGUAAGGCAGCAAAGCGGAAGACAAGGCCCCCAGGUCCCAGAAGGGGGAAGGCAAAGCGGAGGUGCACAGGAUAGCCGUGGAGGCCAGCGGGAAUCAAGCAGGGAAGAAAGCAGACCCCAGGAAACUCCCAAUGAAAUGGAAGGCAAGCAGAAAGGCACGAACCCCUACACGGGACUGGUGGAUUCCCUACGUGCCACAUGGUUAUCAGGAAAAACACGCCCGGUAGAAUAUCGGAAAGAGCAGCUGGAGGGAUUGGGUCGCUUCUUGGAUGAGAGAAGGAAUGAUCUCUUCCAUGUCCUGCAAGAAGAUUUGUGCAAACCUAUUUUUGAAUCUGAGAUCUCGGAAGUUGGCUAUACGAAGAAUGAAGUGAAUGAAGCCCUUAACAACCUGGAGUGUUGGAUGAAGGAUGAACAUGUGUCCAAGAAUCUUGCCGUGAAGCUCGACAGUGCUUUCAUUCGCAAGGACCCCUUUGGCGUGGUGCUCAUCAUUUCACCUUUUAAUUAUCCUGUCAACCUUGCCUUGGUGCCUCUGGUGGGGGCCAUUGCAGCUGGAAAUUGCGUGAUUCUCAAACCUUCUGAGAUAAGCACCCACACUGAAAGAUUUCUUGCUGAAGCAUUGCCUUGCUAUCUUGACCCAGAAACCUUUGCGAUUGUGAGAGGUGGGCCAGAAGAGACAACAAAAUUGCUGGAGAACAAGUUUGAUUACAUCUUCUUUACAGGGAGCCACCGUGUGGGAAAGAUUGUUAUGACUGCAGCAGCCCAAUAUGUGACACCUUUGACUAUGGAGCUGGGAGGCAAAAACCCCUGCUAUGUAGAUAGCUGCUGCAAUUUCCAGAAUGCAGCCAACCGGAUAGUGUGGGGAAAGUUUUUUAACACUGGCCAAUCUUGUAUUGCACCCGACUAUGUGAUCUGUACCAUUGAAACUCAAGAGAGGCUGAUGCCUUGCCUCCGUCAGGCCAUCCGUGAAUUCUAUGGCUGCAACCCGCGCGAAUCCCCUGACUAUGGCCGCAUGAUCAAUGACAAGCAUUUCCAGCGUGUCCAAGCAUUGAUGAAGUCUGGCCGAUUGACCAUAGGUGGCGAAACAGACGAAUCUGAUCUCUACAUUGCCCCCACAGUGAUGGCUGAUGUGAAGGAGUGGGAGCCAGCCAUGCAGGAAGAGGUCUUUGGGCCCAUCUUGCCCAUCUUCACUGUGGCUGACAUGGAUGAGGCCAUCUGCUUCAUCAACAGCAAAGAGCGUCCACUGGUUACUUAUGCUUUCUCUUGCGACAGCAAUGUUGUGAAUCACGUACUGAAUUGUACCAGCAGCGGUGGCUUUGGUGGCAAUGAUACCUUGCUGCAUGCAGCAUUGGUCACCUUACCAUUUGGUGGCAUUGGAUUCAGUGGCUAUGGCAAGUACCAUGGAAAGUUCUCCUUCGACACAUUCAGUCACCAUCGUGGCACCCUCUUGCGCUGCAUGGGCAUGGAAGCAAUCAACUCAAUCCGUUACCCACCAUAUAAUGAGAGAAAGCUUGCAUUGAUGGUUGCUGCAUUGGAGGUCAAACGCAAAGGCAUGAUGUGCACUUUGCUGUGAGCUCUCUUGAACAGUACAGAGCUUGUGUGUCUGGAGCUGCAAGGUGGAGAGGAGGGGUUGAUUGUGCCUUUUAACCCUUCAUCUAAGUCAACAUCUUUAUUAAUGACUUAGAUGAAAGGCUAGAAGGCUUGAUCUUCAAGUUUGCAGAUAACACCAAAUUAGGAGGGCCAGCCAAUACUCCAGAAGACAGGAGCAGAAUUCAAAACGAUCUUUACAGAUUAGAGAGAUGGGCCAAAACUAACAAAAUUAAGUUCAACAGUGACAAAUGAAAGAUAUUCCACAGGCACAAAACAUGAAAUGCAAAGAUACAGAAUGGGGGGUGCAUGGCUCGAGAGCAGUAUGUGUG